ACUAAUCUGUGUUUCAGAACAGGGGGUUCUAAAACAAGGAAUCUCCUGUGUAGACUGGAGUCUUUACCCAUUGUUCCACACUCUACCUUGGAUUAUUUUUGCUGUUGAUUGGGGACUUUUGGAUGGCACUAGUCUGGGUGAAAGGGUUUGCCAGUUUUGGGCAAGGUUUAGGCGGUGUGUAUCCGGGACAGGAGUGAAGACAGGGAGAAGAAGGAGGGAGGAUAGUCAUUUUUCUUCAUCCUUCUUUUCUGCAGACUGCAGGCAUUUCCCUGAGAGAAUGGGGGCAGGAGCGCUCACCAUCUGUCACAACAAGGCUGCGGUACAGAUCAAGCAAGACAUGAAGAAAAUGGUCCAGUUGCCCAUGCUGAGGGGGACCUCCAGGGGACCUCGAGGAGUGGAGGCCAGGGGCGGAAGUCUGUUCGGCGUGUCCCUGCUGGAGCUCAGGGAGCUGGGCCUCGUGAAGGAUGGCGUGCCCCUGGUGGUGCGGAGCAUGGUAGAGUUCCUCCGAGAACAUGCUCUUCAUCAUGAGGGUCUGUUCAGGGUCAACGGUAAUGUGCGGGCGGUGGAGGGGCUGAAACAGCGGCUGGAGAACGGUGAGGACGUGGACUUCCUGGUUGAGGCGGAUGUGUGUACAGUGGCCAGCUUGUUCAAACAGUACCUCAGGGACCUGCCAGGAGGCCUGGUAGACUCCACCGUACAGCCUGCCCUUAUAAAGCAGCACCAGGAGUCCAGUGAGGAUGGUUUCUGCUCAGACAUGAGGGUCUUACUCCACCAGUUGCCAGACAUCCACUACAGCCUCCUACAGUACCUCUGUCUCUUCCUCACCCAGGUGGACCAGCGCCACAGGGAGAACCUCAUGACCGCUCUCAAUCUGGCAACUGUCUUCGGCCCCAAUGUCUUCCAUGUGUCCUCUGGGUUCGAUGGGAUCCAGGAGCAGAACAUCUGUAAUAAGAUCAUGGCAAAGCUGAUCCAGAACUACAGCAGCAUAUUCAACAACAACCACCAAGAUGACGACCAUAAAGAAGAGCACUGUGUCUUCAAUAGAGAUGGAGACAGAGGAGAAUACAUACAGGAAUCUCUACCCUCUAACAUCAUCAUUGUUAAAGAGGCCAAGGAGACCCCGGUGAAUAGGACAGAUACUGAGUCACUGAAAACACUCGGAACCACACCAAGCACUCCCACACCCACUCAAAAGACACCAAAAAAGACACCUAUUCCAGUUCCCAGAAAGAAAAAGGCUGCAUCCAGCAGUCCACCAGAUGACACGAAGUCAUCAAAAGAACUAUCCAAUGAAAAUCCAGUCAUAACUCCAAGGAAACAGAAGGUGAGAAAAGUAAAGCGGGAGACAACGACAGUGCUCCGAGCCGUGCCCCUUCCCAGUCUCUCUCCUGGCCUGCCCUAUGUGAGGCCCCUGGUCCUACCCGUUCCCCUGGCUCCGGAGGUGAGGAGCCCCAGCCCUGAGAGAAUGGAGCUGACCCCACCGGGGGCCCCACAGGAACCUCAGGGACCAGCCACGGACGCCUGGGACGUCAGCGCGGUCAAGACCACGGAGGUCCUGAACAGCUCCCAAGAGGAAGACAGCAGACCCAUAUCUCCUUUCUACAUAAGCAACCACCUCUCAUCUGUCCGGUGUAGAUCUGACCUGACUAAUGUUCUGGAGAGGACCAUCAGGUCGGCAGUGGAGCAGCAUCUCUUCGAUGUGCACAUGUGCGGAGGAGGUCAAAGUACGACGGAGGAUUCCGAGUGGACCGGGUGCUCCUCGUCGCCCGUGGUAACCCCGACGGCACGGCAGAGACGUCGGCACCAGAGGGAGCAGGAAGAGGCUCAGAGACACCGGGACAGAAGCAGAUCCUCGUCUCUGAGGGAAGGAGACAUCAACAAGGAGAACAUCCCAGCGGCCGGCAGCGUUAGCAGAACUGUCAGCUGUGGCGUCAGCGUAGGUGAGGAAGGAGUCUGGAGGGACUACCAGACUAGCCAGGGAGGGCUCCACCACGAGGGUCCCAGACCCAGGAAGCCUAAACACUGCCACCAGAGCCCCACGCUUGGCCAGCUUAGUGAUAACCAGGACCCCCACGCGCUAAAAGAAUGCAUAUCAAGAGUACAUGACGAAGCCGGGACAAACAACAUGGAGUCAUCAGACAACCGAAAUGACAGUCAAAGAAAGGACCCCAGUCUUCUGACUCCUUCAUGGACACGACUCAGUAGUAUGAAGAUCCAGGAGCUGCCUAGUAGCUGUGAAACGGCCGACAGGAAGGGGGUCAACGGCCGGAGUUCGGACCAGGAAUGUGGCGAGGACGUACCCCGCUUGGACCUGUCGGCGCUGACCGACGAUAACAACUGGGGAGAUUCCCCAUUCUUUAGCGCCCCUUUCCUUGAUUCCAAAAGUGUUUUCCAGUCGAGUUAUUAUGAGGAGCCAGUCCCGGCCUACUCGUCGUGGCAACGGGAGAGCAUGGACAGCGAGGAGGCGUGCAUUUCACCCCAAGUGGGGGGCCGCCUGAUUCGCCAGCUGAUUGAAGAGGACAGCGACCCCAUGCUGUCCCCCCGUUUCCACGCCUAUGGUCAUUGUCAGCAGUACAUAGAUGACACCGAGGUGCCACCCUCACCGCCCAAUACACACUCCUUUGCCAGUCGGAGGAGGAGUUCCUCUCUGGGAUCCUGCGGUGACGACGACCAGCAAGAGCUGACCUCAGCCCAGCUCUCCAAGAAGAUCCACGGUCUCAAGAGGAAGAUCCACAAGUACGAGGAGAAGUUUGAGGAGGAGCGCAAAUACAGGCCCUCACACAGUGACAAGGCUGACAACCCAGAGGUCCUGAAGUGGAUGAAUGAACUGGCCAAGCUCCGCAAAGACCUGAAAGAGCACAAGCUCCACAAGUCUGAGGAGGACCUCCCUCCGCUGACCCGCCAGCGCAGCAACACCCUGCCCAAGAGCUUUGGCUCCCAGCUGGAGAAGAAGCCCCAACAGGAGAAGGCACCCAAGCCCCCGGUAGAGAACACCCUGGAGGGCGUCCAGAACAAGCUGCAGGAGAAGAGGGACGAGGUGGGGCGGCCUGAGGACGUCAAGGAUAUGACCCGGGAGCAGAUUGGCGCUGAGAAAGUGGCCUUACAGAAGGCUCUCCUGUACUACGAAGGCAUCCACGGUAGACCAGUUACCAAAACUGAGAGACAGAUCAUGAAGCCCCUGUACGACAGAUACCGCCUGGUCAAACAGAUCCUCUGCAGAGUUUCCACCAUCCCCGUCAUUGCCUCCCCCUCCAGCAAACGCAGAGGUCCUGUACUUCAGCCCAUUAUCGAGGGCGAAGCCGCGCUCUUCUUUGACGACAUCAAGGAGGAGGAGGAUGGCUCUGAGGAUGACUCCGAGUCCAACAACAAGCCCCAGAUCACAGGGACAGUGCGUCCAGACUUCAGUAUGCUGGGCUUCCUGGACCAGCUGGAGGAGGAGACGGACGGCUUCAUCUCGCCCGUCGACGAGCUCUCGCCCUCCAAGAACACCACCGACAUGCGUCUGUCCAACCUGCAUUCGGCCACCAUGCCGGAACUAGUGGAGCAGCUACAAGAGGCCCGGGAGGAGAAAAAGAGAAUCCGCAAGAACCUAAGAGAGUUUGAAGAUCAAUUCUUCAGGCAAAACGGCAGAAACGUGCAGAAGGAAGACCGCUCCCCUUUGGCGGUAGAGUAUAACGAAUACAAGCACAUCAAAGCCAAGCUUAGGCUGAUAGAGGUUCUCAUCAGCAAAGGAGAUGCCUCUAAGUUCCCCUAAAGAAAAUAAAACAUCAAAGACUGACAGAGGAAUGAAUGAGGCUCAGUCUCAAUAAGAGAUGAACCACACCAGCCCAUGGAAAGGAAAACAGAUACACCUCAUCAUCCCUCACAAUAUGUUUAUUUUUUUCUUGUGCCAUAGACUCAUUUGGCUUCAGGAGAUGCCAACAUGUUGCCCCCUGAUUAAUCCCAACUGUAGAAGGGAAACGGUAUGGCUUAGUUACUGACCUGAGAGGUGUUGGAACUGACAUGUAGGUGCUGCCCCGGAGGCUACUCCAUCUUGUCUGUUGUUUCCCUCGUAUAGAAGAAGAACCCCGGAACUCAAAAUGUCGGGCAUCUUUCAAUGACUACUAACCUAACGUAGCAGGCCUUAAAAGAGUCCCCACAUCGGUUUUUCAGGGGAUGUGGAGGAAAAUACUGUAUCCCUGAACCAGAAACAUCCUCAUUUUCCUGACCCCACAGAGAGUGGACCAAAACCAACCUUUUUUCAAAGGAAGAUUUUAA